AGGGAUUGGCGGAGAGGGAUGGAGGACACUGAAUGGAGGCCAGUGGUGGGAUUGGCAGAGAGGGGUGGAGGACACUGAAUGGAGGUCAGUGAAGGGAUUGGUAGAGAGGGGUGGAGGACACUGAAAGGAGAGGGGUGGAGGACACUGAGAGGAGGGAUUGGCAGAGAGGGGUGGAGGACACUGAAUGGAGGGAUUGGCAGAGAGGGAUGGAGGACACUGAGUGGAGGCCAGUGGAGGGAUUGGCAGAGAGGGAUGGAGGACACUGAAUGGAGGUCAGUGGAGGGAUUGGUAGAGAGGGGUGGAGGACACUGAAAGGAGGUCAGUGGAGGGAUUGGCAGAGAGGGAUGGAGGACACUGAAUGUGGAGGUCAGUGGAGGGAUUGGCAGAGAGAGGGGUGGAGGACACUGAAUGGAGGUCAGUGGAGGGAUUGGCAGAGAGGGGUGGAGGACACUGAAUGGAGGUCAGUGGAGGGAUUGGCAGAGAGGGGUGGAGGAC